ACCCCACCCCCACCCCCACCCCACCCCUACCCCACCCCCUACCCCCACCCCCACCCCCUACCCCUACCCCCACCCCCACCCCCACCCCCUACCCCCACCCCAAACCCCCUACCCUACCCCCUAACCCCUAACCCCACCCCCACCCCAACCCCACCCCCAACCCCACCCCUACCCCUACCCCCACCCCACCCCCUAACCCUCACCCCAACCCCUACCCCACCCCCACCCCUACCCCCAACCCCUCACCCCACCCCCACCCCACCCCCACCCCCACCACCCACCCCCUACCCACCCCCAACACCCUACCCCACCCCCACCCCACACCCUACCCCCACCCCCUACCCCACCCCCACCCUCACCCCCACCCCCAACCCCACCCCCACCCCCACCCCCACCCCUACCCCCACCCCACACCCCUACCCCACCCCCUCCCCCUACACCCACCACCCUACCCCACCCCCCACCCCACCCCCAACCCCACCCCUCACCCCACCCCCAAACCCUCCCACCCCCUACCCCUACCCACCCACCCCCAACCCCACCCCCACCCCCACCCCCACACCCACACCCACCCCCAACCCCUACCCCCUCACCCACCCCCACCCCUAA